UGACCAGCAAGAGCUCUUCAUUGGGGAGGAAUCUCUUCUGCCUUAUGUUUCUUAUUUAUGAUCUACAUUUACAUUGCUUAUAUUGUCAUCUGUUCAUUUGUUACUGUUUAAAAAUUUGGUCCCUUUUUGUAAGAUCCUGUUUGUGUUACAGUUCAAACUGGGGCACCUUGGGUUUCUGGGAUAUUAAUACAGAGCUGUAGCGAAUGUUCAAUUUCUUGGAGGAACUUCAGUAAAAACCUCUGAGUUCUUUCCAUCUUAUUUAUUUAUUUAUUUAUUUAUUUAUUUAUUCAUUUAUUUUGUAGGGGAGACCACUGGCUGUCCUAGAACGUGUUGUACAGACCAGCUUGGCACCCAACUCAAUGAAAUACCUCUACUUCUGCCUUUAGUGUGCAGGCUUGUUAAUUGGGAAUUUUCUUGCAAGGCAGUAUCCCAUUCAGAAAGCUCAGAAAUGACAGAGAAUGGAAUGACCUAUGAUGACGUGCAUGUAAACUUCACUGGAGAAGAGUGGGCUUUGCUGGAUCCAUCUCAGAAGAAGCUCUACAAGGAUGUGAUGCUGGAAACCUACAGGAACCUCACUGCUAUAGGUUACAGUUGGGAAGAUCAUAAUAUUGAACAUUUUCAAGGUUCUAGAAGACAUGGAAGGUAUAUGGUCACAAUGGAUCCAAACCAUGUGAGCACAGGGAUAUUAAAAUAAGCAGUGUACCUCUCUUCCAGUAGACUUAGAAAAUAUAUAUUAGACCCCACUUUGAAUAAACUUUCUGAAUGUGGGAAAAGUUUACAAUUAAUUUGUUUUCCAACUUCAUUGGGAGUACAACCACAUUACUCACUAUAGGGAAAUCUACUAAUUUGUGUGGUAAAGCUUUGAGAUCUUCUAGUUCUCUUCAAAUAUGAAAAAAAUCUCAUAUAGAACAAGGGUGUUAUAAAUGUGAGCCAUGUAAUAAAUGCUCUUACCAUCACAGGUGUCUUCAAAGACACAAAACUAACCCAUAAUGAAAGGGAACACCAUGAAUGUAAACAAAAUUUUAAAACCUUAGAUCUGAUUCCACUUUACGAUUAGAACAGACUGUAAAACUCAUUCAAAGAGAUAAAAAUAUUUAUCAGUGUGAUGAAUACAGUAAAACUUUCACAUGUUCUGAUUAUCU